UUGAAGAAGGCAAGCAGUGUAGCAGGAGCGCGUAAACGCCAUUUUAGUAUGAGUAUGUAUCGGUAUCGGUCGCGAAGUUGUGAGGACGGACGAACUGAGUAACCGCGCUGCAGGCGGUGCUGUGCAACAGGGCCAGCAGUGUGUAGGGCGGCAGCUUUUGCAAUGUAGACAGCCAUGCCAACAGGUGGUUGCGCUACGGUACUCCACUGCACCGUUGCCACGGAUUCGUGACCAGAAUUUGCGGACCGACUGGCUAAAAAUAAAACCGUGUAUUGGUGCAAAUCAUGGUUACACCGUUUCUGCCUUCGCCUGAUUUGUGAUUGCUGACGCCGCGAUGGUAGGUCCUGGUGCGUACACUGCUAGAAGGAAGCCAAGGGUGAUGUCUUGCACAUUUGAUGAAACACCAACUUAUUCAAAGCCGGAGAAGAAAGUAGGGCCGUUGACAGAUCAUCUGUUACCGACAAACCUGACACUAAAAUUCGAUACUAACGUCAGGUUGCAGAGGAACAGUGUGCUGACAACAGUAACUAUUUUAAAUGCGUUGGUUACUGCUGCGUUAAUCGUUGCUGCUGUCCCGACGACUGUUUACGUACAUAGUGAACUCAAUAAUUCCCAGCAUAAAGUCCUAGUCCUUCAAGAGCAAGUAAAUUUCUUGACGGAUCGUUACGAGUACAUCCUAAAACAGUUAAGGUCAGUGAGGAUCCGAUCAAAAGGAAGUUCCUUAAAUGAAAAUUUAAAGCAAAGUAGUAAUAACGAAGAUUUUAUCAGUGCGCAACAUAAAUUUCCUAGUCAGUACAAGGAUGUUGAUUCUGUUAAUAGUGGAGAGCGGAGCCAGCACCUGCAAAUCAAGAAACCAAGUUUCGUGUCGAAAGACGUCGUGAAGGAGUCAUCAAAAGGUGCCCAGGCUACAGAGGAUACAUUUCCUCCAUUUUCUGAAGAGCCACACGCAUCAAGAGCAGUGGCAGUGGAAUCUGACGGCAGUCAGUAUGGCACUCAUACACUGCGGAGGACUAAGCGUUCAGAUUGGAGAGGUAAACAGUCACAGAGGAAGCCUUCGAAUGGUGGACGUGGGCGACAGCGAAGGAGAGGAAAAUUUAGUGGUGCUGCUGUUGCACAUUUCAAGGGUGGGCAGCCAGAAACUUUCAUCAGAGAUGGAGGUAGUUUGGUUGCUCCAUGGUUCCUUGAUGAUGCUGCAUCUGGAAGAUUCGGUUUCUCAGCCUUCCAGCUGAAACAAGGAAAAGCAGCGGUUGAGGUGACAGAGAGUGGGCUUUACUAUAUAUAUUCUCAGAUCCAUUAUUUGACUUCACAAGUUACAAAUAGCUACUCCCUGAACUUACGGCACGGUAGUCAGAGCAACUCCUCUGUCCUAUCCUACUGCAGUGCAAGUUCAGGUAGUCAGACUCUGAAUGAAGUGAGCUGCUUUACAUCAGUUGUCAGAUACCUCAAUUCCACAGAUCGCAUUUUCAUACAACAGAGAGACAUGAAUAGAAGAAUUAUUCUUAGAGAUGGAUAUAGUUAUCUUGGUGUUGUAAGGCUAAGUGCAUAAUUGCCCACGCUUGAGAAUUCCAUUUUCACAGAGUAUGAAAUACUGCUCAAUGAAGAGCUAUGCUUAGAAGUGAAAAAGUGAUAUAUGCUUGGAGCAACAGUUUCCAAAAUGUCGCAGGUUCAGCUACAUUAAGCUGGUGAUAAUGCAUAUAGUUUUGGUUACAUUACUGUUGUCCAGACACUUAAUAGCCAAGAAUGUGGUGUGCAUUUAAGGUGAUCUCCUUCUUUUUAAAAUGCAAGGCUUGUGAUUAUAUUUGAGUGUAACUUGUUUUGUUUGAGAAUGAGGUGUUACUUAGAGACUAAAUGUAUGUGCUACACCUGUACUAGAGUUCAUGUUGUAGCUGAAUCAGUCACUGAAGUCCAUAAAAUGGCUAGGAAGCAGUAAGAGAUUGACGCUACUGCAAAGACUGUAAAGAGCAAAAUGGUGAACACUUCCUACCAGAUGUGCUAUUAUCUCCAAAGUAGUUCACCCAAGUUAAAAAUGUAUUAUACUAUUUAGUUAUUAAGAUUGCAAUGGUGCUAAAUUAAUUACAGUGCAGAAGUACAAAUAUUUCAAUAAGUUGAAAGACCCAACUGUAAAUGUGCAUAUUUCUUUGCAUCAUUUUAGAAGACUAAAUAAUUAGUCAGGGUAAAUGAGAAUGUAUGUUUUAAAUUUAUUUUGUGAUGUAUCAACUCCGGAGGAACAAUAUACACUUACACAGACAACAAAUUGUAUUUUGUGAACAGACUUUGAUUCUAAGUUCUUUUUGGGAAGUAUGUAUGGGUACAUUUGUGUUUCAAAUCCUACAUGGAAUAUCUAGCAAUCUAGUUGGCAAAAAAUGCAGAAAGUCCACUUCCAAGUAGAAAAUACAGAAAGCACAGUUACAGAGAAUUGAUUCCUUCCUUAGUACUAUUCAUAUAAUAUUAACAGUUGUACUGUAGUAUUGAGACAGAUAUUCAAAAUGAGUAUCCAGAAUGGGUUGGCCAGUGUUUCAGUUGGUGUACAGAAAGAUAUUUACGUCUUAUGGAUUUGUACUCUCAGUAGGAAUUUCUGUUGGUCAAUCUUUUCAAAAAUUGUCUUGUAUACUUGAAUCUUAACGGGCCAAAUAAUUAAAAUAAUAUACAUUUUUGUAAACUUCCUCCAUAUUCACCUCACAGCAAUGUCAUCAUUUAUUCAUUGUUGACUUACCUGUGGGAAUGGACAGGGUGUCUUGAGAUGCUUCAUUUGUUAAGAGUACAAUCAUCAUUCAAUAGGUAGCAGAACAUUUUGGAGAAAUACAGUACUCUAGAGGAAAUGUGUACAGUUUUAUUGAUGCCAUAGAUACAAUUUGUUAUCCAGAAAAUUAAAAUGAGGUAAGGUACUCCGUUGAUUUAAUAGAUUGUGGCUACUAUCCUUAUGAUGUACCUUACUGUUAUAAGUUUCUGUUUACUGGUUAGCUUCAGCUGUAGAAUACAGAAAGUUCCAGGAAUAAGUUUCCUCUUUUCACUUGUUCGACCAUGCUAGUAUUGUGGGCAACAUAAAGGUAAAUGAUGGAUCACAUUUCUGGCAAAGAGUAGUUCAAAUGUUCAAUAUCACCAUAAUCAGAAAACAUUGCAGAGAAAAAUUUUUUUGGGAGUUUUCAAUAAACUUAAAACUUGUGUUUUACACAGUAUUGUCUCUAGAUCAUUGUAUUUUGAGGUAGCAUACUUUGUCCACUGAGUGUUGCUGUAAAUCCAAAUUUAUGUAUUUUGAGUGUCACAACAAAGCAUAUGAAGUGUUCGGAAGGAAACUUUCACCAACAUAAGUGAUAUUUCUCCAGGACCAUGCUGUGGAGGUAUUAAAAGAGGAGGUUUGUUAAUUACACCCAGCCCUGUUUUUGUGGUUCUCAGAAACACAGUGAUGUUAUUUUUCUGCCAAAUGUAUAAAGAGCCCCCACCCCCGCCCCAUGUGAAAGUAAAAAAUGGAUAUUGUUUAAUCACCUUGCAUAAACAUUGUGAACCCAGUACCCAGUAAGUGUUUUGUAAACAGUCACACAUACUGCUGAACGAUGAUACUAUUGCACUUGGACCGAAUCACCAUCACUCCUACAUGCAAUAAUAUUGUGGCCAAUCAAUAAUUUGCUCAAAAGCAACAAUGCAUAGUUGCACAUACAACUACAAUUUGUCUUUGCAAGGUAAAUUUUAGUUAUUAUGAAAAUACCAAUGUAAGAAAUUAAAGUGAUGAAUCAUGUGGCUUUGUGCAGUGUUAACAUUAGGGCUCAGAUUUUUAGGUGCUUAAAAGCUGGAGUUAUUUAUUUUUUACAUAUUUAGAAACAUUUGAAAUAUGUGACAAAUAAGUAAACAUAUUUAAUUAUAAUUUGGUAAAUUUUUGUACAUCUGAGCAACAUGCAGUAUUUAUGGAUGCAGUUUAUGCUAUGCCUCACUAAUUGCUGAAGAAUGAAGAUACACAGUGAGAUUCAUUCUAAAGUUGUUCAUUACAAAUCACUGAUGAUUAUGCUGAAAUGCUGCCCUAUACUGGAAGAAUGAGUGCUCCCUUUAAGAUGUCGGUCUGGAAAAUUUAUGGCAGGUCAGCUCACUCAUUCAUUCACUUAUUCACUCACUCACUCACUCACACAUUGAUAGCCUCCUCUUGAUGGACAUUUGAAGUUUUGCCCAGUUUGAAACUCACUGUUUUCAAACACAUCUGACUUAAUUUUGUAACAUUGGUGCUGUAGAUCCACUAUGACAACAAAGUUUUCGUUCAAUGUCGUGAACAUACUGAACUGUUUGACAGAAGGACCCCCCACCCCUUUAAAUUUUUUACAUUGUGCUGCUAAGGAAACACAACAGAUAACUAUGGCAAAUAAUUUUUUAACACUGUGUUACUUAACAUUUCCUAAAGUAUUCCAAUUGAAAUUUCAUCCUCUUUCUCUACUACAUCAACCGCUAAGGCCAGACCAUCAAAUUUUACUGUAUGCUGCUGGGCUGCAAGGAGUGAAGUUCCCCACUGCGUUACUACUGGGAUAGGUAGCUGUGAUACAUUGGGGUGAAUUCUUCUCAGCAACUUCAUUAGCAGUUUUCCCCAUUAGAAAUAAAUUUGCCUAAAUAUAUAAUGCUUUAACUUCAUCACAUAGCCUGUGUAAACUAUGCACAGUGCAUGUAACGUUGAUCAUUUUAGAAUAACUUGUCGCGUCCUGGCACAGGUCCCGGAUACCAAUAUAGAGUUGGUCAAGCCUGCGUGGCGCAAUCGGGAUGUUGGCGACAAUUAUGGGUUUGUGGUUCCCUUUAACUAGCCUUUAUUAUGAAGGUGAGAGGGAGUAGAAUCUCCUGGACUGUCUAAGAGUGUGUAGAAGGUGUAGAUACAUUAGACAAUACUUUCAAUAGGUAGCAGGUACAAGUGGGAAUUGGUAGCACUGAACUGUCAAAACAGUAAGGUGAGAUUUCUCCUAUAACACAAUUUAUUGAACUAAUAUCACAAAGGACAUGUGAGGUGUCAGACCCUUCCCCUUACUCAGUACACUUCUAUAGAUUCAGCCAGAAUCUCCACUUCUCACUCUGUCGGAAACGACUACUCACGAGAACUACCACCUUUGAAUUCACUCUUCGUUUAAAUAAUGGACCCUUGUCCUAUCUCACAGGAGACAAGCACCACCAAGUGGCUUGUUCCUUCUAUUGCUGAAACUAACUGUAGAGGCUACUUGAGACAGAGACAGACAAACUGUCCCUGUUCAAAACUAUUCCAAUGCAAAACUUCUACUUAACUGACAGUUGUAGUUGCUUCCAUCAGAGCAUCACCGGUCUUCUCGUAGUUGCAGUUCCUAUAGCCUCAUCAGUAGCGGCUGCUACCUUCUCAAUGCUGUCGGGCCUUGUCUGCUUGUGUCCUCUUCAACUUCUGCGACGGCUCUGUUUCUUGCUGCUCGUGGAUGUCCUUAAAUACCCAUUUUGAAGGUCUGCCCUGCUCGGACGCAGCCCUCGCAUCCGCUUUCUCUAAUUUAUUUUUCGGUCUUCUCGGGCAUUUUGUCGCUGUGGGCCUAUAUUGGUUUCAAUAUGUCCAGCAGAGUCCCGGGGCGGAAAGUUCUUUCUUGUCCUCCAAGGUCCGGGAGACACGCUGUUCGUAUCCUUGACGUGUUUACUAGCUCAGGCUAUUUGUACUGUGUGACACUUUCCCUUCCGUGUCUGUGGAACUGUGGGUUUCACUGCGCAGCAUCCCCCGUUGCUAAGAAUAGCUAUGUCAUUUUGUUAAUUAAAUCCUCUGGGGACCUGACAAACUAAUAAAACCUGCCAGUGCCUUCUUCAUAAUUAUGUGAUGCAGCAUCUGUUAUUAACCCAUAUUUUGUCAUUUUCACACAUGUAAUGAAUUUGUUGGUAACACUUUGGAAGCUAUUUACGCAAUGCUGAAUUUUCAGGAAUGUCAAGAUUUGAAAUUUUGGAGACUAACUUUCUUAACGCUGUAUUACUUACAUUAGAAAGAUAUAUGUUGACUAAAUCAAAUAGCUUACACAAAUCUUCACAAUAAACUGAAAAUUUAUGAGAUAUUGCAGAACAUCAUCGAACUGCAUCAUUUAUUAGAAGCUGUUUGUUUAGCAAGUGCAAAACUGCCACCCCC